UUUUUGUUUACGGCAUUAUUUGGUGUGUUGAAUUUUCUUCUUGUGCAGAUUUCUGUUGUCGGCAUUAAAUCUUUAAACGAUUAAUAUAAACUAAAUAAAAAUGUCCAAAGCCCAUCCGCCAGAGUUAAAAAAAUAUAUGGAUAAGAGAAUGAUGCUAAAGCUAAACGGCGGCCGUGCAGUGAACGGCAUUCUGCGAGGAUUUGAUCCCUUUAUGAAUGUGGUGCUGGACGACACAAUUGAGGAGUGCAAGGACAACACAAAAAACAACAUUGGCAUGGUGGUUAUUCGCGGCAACAGCAUUGUCAUGGUCGAGGCCCUGGACAGAGUGUAGCACACAUGAAUACAGAAAUCCCCAAAAUCAACCUCAUGGAUAGAUCAUGUUAAAUGUAAUCUAGCGUUAAGGCUCCUCCUGAUAACCCACUAAAUCAUGUACUGUAAGAGCACCACAACAUGCCCACUACACAAACAUGCAUACCUGUAUACAUUCUUAAUAAACUUUAAAAUCAUAUAAA